GAAAAUGAAGUUGGCCUUUCAAAAUCGAAAUCUCCAUGAUUCAGACUUCAGACCAAUAACAGUAACGGUCAAUAACGGAAGCAUCAGCUCAGACUCAGAGCUCUCUCUCUUUCCCUCCGAUUGCGGUUCCCUUCUCUUGCAGCACUUCGACUAACCCUAGAUUUUCUAGGGUUUCUCCCUCUAUCUGAAACAGCAAAACGAUGCCUUCAUCCCCCAAGUUCUUCCACGCGCGCCAACCUCCUUCAGCUCUCAGACCAACCGUCUUGCUCAUCGGGUUCUGCCUCCUGUUCGGCCUCUCCGGGUUCAUCUUCGGACUCGUCUCGCUUCUCCACCCAAGCCACCAAUACAAGUGCCUGACGAGCAAGUCCAGAUCGGUAAAGGUGAUUUGGGAGACAGGUAGUAGUAGCAGCAGCAGCAGUCAAAACGGUCUCGUUUUGAAUGUUGGAGAUGGGAAUGACAAUAACAAGCGGAAGAAAGUGAUGGGAUUUGUGGGUAUUCAAACUGGGUUCCGAUCCACGGGUCGCAGACAAUCUUUGAGGAAGACUUGGAUGCCGUCCGAUGCCCAGGGCCUUCAACGCGUGGAAGAAGCCACUGGGUUGGCUUUUAGGUUUGUGAUUGGUAAAACCAAGGAAAAACAAAAGAUGGCCGAACUUGCAAAGGAGGUGGCCGAAUACGAUGAUUUCUUGCUAUUGGAUAUUGAAGAGGAGUACAGUAAGCUCCCCUACAAAACGUUGGCUUUCUUCAAAGCUGCCUAUGCACUUUUUGAUGCUGACUUCUAUGUUAAAGCUGAUGACGACAUAUACUUAAGGCCAGACCGCCUUUCACUGCUCUUGGCAAAAGAGCGUUCUCACUCUCAGACUUACCUUGGGUGCAUGAAAAAGGGCCCAGUCUUCACUGACCCGAAAUUUAAAUGGUAUGAGCCACUAUCCUAUUUGCUCGGGAGCGAAUACUUUCUCCAUGCUUAUGGUCCAUUAUAUGCUCUCUCUGCUGAUGUUGUUGCAAGUUUGGUUGCUCUUAGGAACAACAGUUUCCGAAUGUUUAGUAAUGAGGAUGUCACAAUUGGUGUGUGGAUGCUUGCUAUGAAUGUCAACCAUGAGAACAAUCAGGCAUUGUGUUCACCACGGUGUACAUCAACAUCUAUAGCUGUGUGGGAUAUUCCUAAGUGCUCAGGGCUCUGCAAUCCAGAAACCAAAUUGUUAGAACUCCACCAAAAGGACAGCUGCUCAAAAGGUCCGACGCUGGAAUCUGAUGAUUAGAAGUCUUGCAUCCGCUCUCAGAGUUGAUUGACUGAGACAUAUUUUUGGUGUGUGCCCGUACUUGCAUUACCUUACAAUGUCAUUUUUUUGUUUCUUCCCCAUGUAGUAAGAACACAGAAAAAUAUAUGUACAUUUUUUUAAGGAUCCCAGAGAGGGAUAUGAGAAAGAGGGGGUGUGGCCCGUAUGGGUCAGAGUUACAGGAUUUAGGAAGAACAGAUAGUUAUCAGGGUUGUAAUCAAUUAUGUCUAUUUUUUCUAAUCAAAUCUCAUUCUUUAAAAUUUUCACUUCAUCUUCUAAAGAUAA